AUGUCCACUACCAACUUCCCAUACCAGACCAUCCUGCUGCUCGGCGCCACCAGCGGCAUCGGCUACGCCAUGGCAGAGAGGUUCCUCGCCGAAGGCAGGACGGUGAUCCUGGUGGGGCGGAGGCAGGCUCGAUUGGAGCAGAUUGCGCAGAAGUAUAGCGACAAGUGCAAGGAGGGGAAGCUGUUUUGGUAUACGUUCGACAUCACGAAGCUGGAUGAGAUUGCAAGCUGGGCUGCAAAGAUCACCGCCUCACACCCAACCCUCGACACCCUCUUCCUCAACUCCGGCAUCCAGCGCGGCUUCAACUUCUCCAAGCCCGCCGGCGUCGACCUCGCCAUGCUACAGACGGAGCUCACAACAAACUACACGGCGCACAUCCACCUCACGCACGCCUUCCUCCCCUUCCUCCUCGCAAAGUCGUCGGAGCAGCAGAAGACGGCGCUGAUAUAUGUCACCUCGGGCCUGGCGCUCGUGCCGCUGUCGCGCUGCCCAAACUACUGCGCGUCAAAGGCCGCGCUGCACCAUUUUGCGGUGGCGCUGAGAGUCCACUUGGAGGGGACGGGGGUGCAGGUGCUGGAGGUGAUGCCGCCGGCGGUGCAGACCGAGUUGCAUGAUAAGGAGUUUCAGCCGGAUAUUGAGAACGGAAGUGAGAUAGGAAUGCCGUUGGCGGACUUUGUGGAUGAGACUUGGGCCGGGCUGGUGCAGGGAAGUGAGGAUGGGGAGUUCCCGAUUGGGAUGGCGAAGGCGUGGCAUCAGGCCAUAGAGCCAGCGAGGAGGAAUCUUAUGAAGAAGCUCCCGCAGGCACCAGCAGCGGUGUAA